CCUACGACCGACCCCACUCCCUGCGGUCUCAAAACCUUCUCGCCUCCUCCUACCCCUCGGCCGGCCUCGCCUCACACGCUCGCUCUCGCCGCCUCGUCGGCGACGCACGCACCCGACCGCCGCCGCGAGCUGGAGUGACGGCCAUGGCGGCGACGGCAGAUCCGCGGGCGAAGCCUACGGCAGCGGCGGCGCACCACCUAGCCGUUCCGUGGGCGCAUCAGGCGUCGCCAGCCGCACACCGCAUGCCGCCGCCCGUCUUAGCCGCGGCCGCGGGCGGCGGUGGCUGCGGCGCCCGCGAUCGCCACCGGUCGUCGUCGGCCCACCGCCAAGUCCAGGCCGUCGGGGAGGACAACCCGUACGACGGUGGGAUCGAGGCGCUCCGGGCCAAGCUCAUGGGCCACCUGCGCGACGCGGCGGACCGGCUCCGCGUGCCCCAGCCUCUCUGGAGCCUCGCCGCCUCGCGCCCGCCUUAUCCUCGCCCUCCGCCGCCCAAGGCUGCUACCGCGAGCUCGCCGCCGCCGCCCGGUACGGACUCCGAGCCCGAGCUCAGGGCGCCGCCUCCGCUUCGGCCUCCUACACCUGCGCCCCCGCAAGCGGAAGCUGCCGUCGCGACUGCGACCGGGAGGCCGUGGAACCUGCGGGAGCGCACGCGGCGGCGCCCCGCCUCCACCAGGUCGUGGGCCGCGUCCCCGCCGCCUCCGUCGUCGUCGUCGCGGAGGCGGCGCAAGCGCGCCCCGUUCUCCGUGUCCCUGAAGGCGGAGGAGAUCGAGGAGGACAUCUACGCGCUCACCGGCUCCCGGCCGCGGCGGCGGCCUCGGAAGCGGCCGCGCGCCGUGCAGCGGCACGUCGAUUCGCUGUUCCCGGGGCUGUGGCUGACCGAGAUCACCGCUGACGCGUACCGAGUGCCGGACGAGUAGCUCCACGAGUGACGAGUCCAGCACUCCAGCUUGAUGCUGCUGCCCCAGCCAACCGGCCAGCAGAGCGCGCAAGCUCCAACUUGAUCCAGGGCAUCGUCCAGCGAGCCAACUAGCAUCCUCCCGAGCUUUGUUUGUUUUUUUCCUCCCCUCGCCCUUCCCUCUCCUCAGUCCUCACUCGUCGUCUGGUCUCUGCUUGCUGCCUCUACUGUGGUCUGUACAGUGAAGUGUUUGUGAUUACAACUAGUGCUAAUCUACUGUCAGCUCUUCCAUCCGUUA